UCUCUAUCUAAAUCUAUGAUCAGCUCGGUGUGUGUUUCGUCGUAUCGCGGGCGCAAGUCAGGCAACAAACCUCCUUCCAAAUCAUGUCUGAGGGAAGAGAUGGCCAGAGGCGAAAACUCGGACAAAAUCAUCAUCAACGUCGGCGGCACGCGCCACGAAACCUACAGGAGCACCCUUAGGACCAUACCGGGCACGAGACUCGCCUGGCUCGCCGACACGGACCCCCAGGUGAACCCGGCUUCAGACACGGGACAAACGCCCAGUGCCAGCGAAUUAUUUUUUGACCGACACCCGGGCAUAUUCGGCUAUGUGCUGAACUACUACAGGACCGGCAAGCUGCACUGCCCGGCGGAUGUGUGCGGCCCUCUGUUCGAAGAGGAGUUGGCGUUUUGGGGCAUCGAUGAGACUGACGUGGAGCCCUGUUGCUGGAUGACCUACCGCCAGCACAGGGACGCAGAAGAGGCGCUGGAGAUCUUCGAACCGCCAGAUCCGGAGGACGCGGAGGAUGACCAGGACAUGCCCAGACGCUUCGGCAUUGAGGACAGCCCUGACCGCUCCAGGGGAUGCUGCGAAGUUUGGCAACCAAAAAUAUGGGCGCUCUUUGAAGAUCCAUAUUCAUCGCGUUCAGCCCGGUUUUCUUGCACAGUGACAGGCUUUUAUGCACUGAAGAAAUUCAAGCUCGAGGUCAAAGAGGCCAAGCGCAGAACAGCUUGA